UGGGCUAGCGAAAACGAAAUUGUUGAUACCUUUAUACAAGACACACAACUUUCAGCUACCACAAAAUUUAGUUUCUUAGAGUGGAUUCCUUACUCCGCAUUAACUAAUAUUGAAUUUAUAACUAAAGGUGGAUUUUGUGAUGUGUUUUCUACAAAUUGGGUUGAUGGACCGAGGACAAAAUGGAACACCGAAAAGAUUGGGAAAGAUAUCCGAACGUUGACGUCACUUUGA